AGCAGCAGCAACAACAACAACAACAACAACAACAACAACAACAACAACCACCACCACCACCACCACCACAACCACAGCAGCAACAACAGCUUCACCAUCAACAACAUUCUCAUCAGCAACAGCAAAAUGUAGCCCUUCAGCCAUCGGGGGCUCCGCUUGGUGUUGGAGCCCCAAACACUAGUGGGGGAGAAGGGAGUCGGGAGAAUGACCAUCCAACUCUCCAGCAACUACUGGCCUCACCUGCUACAUUUCCAUCCCAACCAACACCACAGCCUCAAAGCCAACCACAACCUCAGCAACAGCAGAGUGCUGGGACAAUAGGACAUGGUUUACCUUCAGCAAUACUCACUGCAUCUCGCCAUCCCUCCAUACAACAAGCAUCACAGACCCAGCAGCAGCUCACACUCCAGCCCUCUCCUCGUACAGUUUCUGUCAGGUCGCAGGCAUCGCCGGCGACUAAAGGCAGCCAGGGUGUCCUUCAUAGCACCCCUCAACCUACUCCUCAGGUCAUAUCUCAAACUUCAGCCCAAACUUCCCCACAAAUUAUGCAAGGUGGUGUCCAGCUUGUUGGGGGAUCCAACCAAGUUAUAACAUCAGGAGGUCAGAUCAUAACAUCAGCUUCACCACAGCUUAUACCGGGCACACAGCUCCUGCAGGCACAUGGGUCCACCCAAGUGUUACCGACAGGUCAGAUACUACCGGGUGGACAAGUGCUACAUAAUGGGCAGGUGAUACAGGGAGGUCAGGUGUUUCAUGGGCCACACCUGUUGUCUGGAGGCUCUUUAUUACAAGGUGGCCAAGUUAUACAAGGAGGCCAGGUAUUGCAGGGUGGACAGCUAAUUCCAAGUGGACAAGUGAUCAACAGUAGUCAGCUGAUUACCACUACCACACAGAUGGCAACCACUGGUGUAUCGGGAUUAGGUGCUGGUUCUACACCAUUAUAUGUUACACCAAGUACACCAGUUCAGCAGCAACAACCUCACACUGUCACACUACACCAAUCUGUUCAGCAGCCUCCCACCCCUACUGCUUCACCUUUUUCUGUGCUAAGUAAGUCUCCCGGAGCAGCAUUACCUCGUACUUCUCCCAGCCCCUCCCCGUAUCAUCCAACUACACCGUCACCACAUCCAUCAGUACAGAGUCCUGCCCCAUACACGACACGCUCUCCAGCUCCUUCUCCUCAUAGCAAUGUUAGUGCCAUGCGGUCACCUGCUCCACCUACCCCAUCACCUGCUGCAACACCAACACCACAAGCACAUAGUAGCAUUGCCACAAUAGGACAGCAACAAUCAGCAGGAAUGGUGCAAGGAGUGAUGAGUAAUGUAGGAAUGGUGCAGAGCUUGGUGCCUCAGUUACCUUUGUCUCAGGUUGUUGGAUCAAAUGGCAUGGUGCUGCCUCAGCCAGGAGUUCAACAAACCGCGACUGGAGUAAAACAGGUUGUGUCGGGUGGCCAGCUGAUUCAGAUUGUCUCUUCACCACAACCAACUCAACCUAGGCAACCUGUUGCAACACCCACACCCAAGCCUAUUCAACCAAAACAGCCCCAGUUACUUCCCAAGCCUCCACAAGCAGCUGUAGUUGGUCAACCUGCUGCACCACCUCCAGGGAAGACUCUCAUGAACACACGUCCUGUAACGCCUGGGGGUCAACAACCCAUUGUAAUAGGAGCAGCUGGACAACAACAAGCAAUGAUGGCUGGUCAGCAGGGGCUUGGAGGGUUUGUUAUUAAUCCUUCCUUAUUACAAUCAAGCCUACAGCAGCCUUUCCUAAUCCAGCAGCCAAAUGGUGUACUCUUGGUUAGACCAUCAGGGCACACUGGAGCAGGUGGAGCACCUGGUCAGGCUCUCUUGGUUCCCAUGCCUGGCCAGCAUCAGAUGAUGAGUGCAGGGGGUAAAACUGGUCAGCAUCAGACUGUAGUUUUCUCAGGCAAUGGACAGGGAGGACCAGCCUAUGUUAUCCCACAAAAUGGAUCUGCAGGUUUAGGUGCUCAAGGGGUGAUGGGGACAGCACAGGGUUCGCGUGGGCCUCAACCUAUAAUUCGAUUGGUUGCACCUCAAGCUCCACUUCAGUUACAGCAAAUUCAAACCCCAAAUGGACCUACCUUUGUAGCCAUACCAGCUGGCCAGACAGUAAAUCUACAGAGUUUACUAGCAGCUGGAGGUGCCACUAUGCGCACAUUAGCACCUCAAAUGACCUCAGGUCCUUUGCAGCUGGCUCCCUCAUCAGUAGCUCCUAAUAUGGGCCCUGUAGUGAGCAUGGGUCACAUACAAAUGUCAGGGGGUGGGCAGCAGCUUCAGGUGUCUGUCCCAGGAGCACCCCUCCAGCUAGCCUCCUCCCUCCCUUCCUCCCUCCCAUCUGUGAUAACCACCACUAAGCAAACUGUGAUAGAUGAAGCUGUGGCUCCAGCCUCCAUGGUGACAGCUACUGAGUCUGGAACACACCACCAGACUUUAACAGACUCAAAUAAAAAUACCAAGAAAAAAUCUAAAAAGAAAAAACGGGAAAGAGAACCAAAGGAUGAAAAAUUGAAAGGUAAAGGGACAUCAAUAAAUCUAAAUGAUAUUUUAAAAGAAACUGGAAUUGUGGGUGACUUGAUGCUGUUUGACGAAAAUGAACUUGGUUUAGGAGGGGAGGGGAUGGAAGGGGUGCAGGUGGCAGCACCAACACAGUUAACUCAAGUACCAGCUGCAGCACAGAUGGUCUCUCCAGCACCUGCUGCAACCCAAUUACCUUCACUCCCCGCACAUGACACCAAUGCUGGUUUUGCAACGAGUGAAAAUGCUGGCCAUAUUGUGGUUGGUUCUUCACAUCAACAUCCAUUACUGGGGAUGGGUAAUUCCUUAAUGACUGGAACGGUGGUCACUAGCUCAGCACCAACUGGGCUAAUGACCUCAGCUAGUAUGCCCAGUGGAAUGAGCAUCACAUUGGAUCCUAGUUGCAAGUUCUUCUUGGGUUCAGAUCCGACUAAACCUCAUCUCACAACACCUAAUCAAACACCUUCACAGAUGGGUGGAUUGAUGAUUCCCUCGUGCCAGUCUCAGGUGCAGGUGAUCGGAGGAGCAAGUAUGGGGAUGACAACUUCCUUAUGCAAUGUGGCCAACAGUGGGAGUAUGGUUAAUGUGAUGAGUAGCAGCAUGCCUGCUCUUAUGACUGGCAGCUCUGGUGCUGGGGUUGUUGGGACAAAUACACUUCCUACUGUGUGUUCCUUACCAUCAUUCACUCAGCUCUUAACUCCCCCGACGCAAGUUACCUCCAAUCUUGUAAAUCACGGUCCCAGUGUCACAGGAAAAACAAAACCUCUUCAGUUACAACAGACUGCUUCUAAGUUAACGCAAGUGACGACAAAGAACCUAAUGGGGGCGGAUAUCUCUAAGGUGGCUCAGAACACUCAUCUGUUGCAGACUUUGCACCUCCCUACUGCAGAAAAGCCUUGUCCAACACCUAGUGGACAGCCUCUGCUGACAUCACUGCUAUCAGGGCAGCAGGCAUCAUGCAGUAACAGUGGGGAGCAACAUGGGGGUUUUCCCUUGCAGGUGUCUGUGGCAGAUGGAGGACCUGUGCUCACUGUGGUCACUGUGGGAGCAGUCAUGAGCUUACCUGAGUGUGUAGUGUCUACUGGUACAACUUUUUCCUCGCCGGCGACUCCUCUUAGCAUACUGGUGCCCAGUCAAGCUAGCCAAGUGCCUCAGAGUUCUGCUGUGAUUGCAUCUUCUAGUGCUACAAACAAUGUUGUGUCUGGUGCUAUUAUAAGCCACAAACAAUUUGCUUCCAACUCUGCUCUCAUUCCACAAACUAGUGUAACUUAUACCAAUACAGAAAAUGUGCCAGUGUCGCGAGGUCAUUCCCAGAUUGUUAAUGCUUUGCAAGAUAAUGUUCCUAGUCAAACAAGUAAUACAAGUUCAUUUGUGGCAAAAAAUAUUGAAGGCAUUAAUAAAACAAACAGCUUUCAGAAUGAGUAUGUGGCUACCCUUCAGAGAGGUCAAAAUAUUAUAGAUACCAAUAAAAAUAAAUCAAAAUCUAAUAAAAAGAAGAAGAAAGAUAAAGAAAUUGAAACUUUUUCAACGCCCACUACAAGUACAGUAAUGGUCAAGCAGAGUUUACAAGAACGAUUAAAGUCAAGCACAUGCAGCAGUACAACUGGAACCCCACAACAACUGUGUCUGGCACCCAUUCCUAAUGGACUCAAUGGUCCUGCCAUAAAAACUGCCUCUCAGAGUGUGGGCAGUUCCACCCCGCCUGGCUCCUUGCCCAUUACUCUAGGAGAGAGCGGUGUCCAAACUGAUAACACAUCCUUAGUGGGGCCUUACAUAUCUACCGCCCCACCAGUGUCUAUCAUACCUUCUAUAAUUACUACUACUACAACGAUGGUUCAAGCACCGACUAUGGCAACCACUGCCACCAUAACCACCACCACCGCAUCUUCACCACAUACGCCUACAGGAGUUGUAUUUCCUGGCCCAAAGCAGCAGUUUAAGCAAGUCAAGCACCUUAUUCUUUCACCACAAAACCAGGAGGCUCUCAAGAAAGUUCAUUCUCAAAUCCAAGUUCUUCAGAAUAAGAAGACAGACCAGGAUGCAGCCGGCCUCCAGCAACUCUAUGCAGAAUGCCGAAAAAUCGUGGCAACGGGAAAGCACGUGACUGUCACCACCACCCCACAGCAACCUCAAAUAGCACCUACACCAAGUCAGCCUACUCCUGUACGUUACUCGCAUCCAGUGGGACACAAGUUCAUCACACUGACUCAGUUCAAGCAGAUAAAACAUUUACCUCAGGACCAACAGAGGCAGAUUAUGGACCAGAGUAAACAGGUCAUGCAGAGAUGGAAAGACCCAGGGACCGUAUCAUCAACAGGUACCUCGACUGUUUCAGCCAUCCACACACCAGCCCCUCAUCUCUCUCCCAGUCCACAAGUGUCUGUAAGUGGAGGUCCAGCCAAGGGAAGUGUGAGUCCUGUGAGUGGGGCCAGCAUGCCUACCAUUGCAACCUCAGCCUCAUCACCCACUGUGCCCACCACCUCCACCACAGUGUCUAGCUGCUCCACCACAAACACCCUCAACUACUCCACCAAAAUGACCCCCCCUCAGUGCUCCCCCGUGUCCUCCACCACCCCCGCCAUCAGUCACACUAAUACCUUAGGACCGUCGCCCAAGUCGUUGGUGGUGCUCCCCCCACAGGCCUCGCCCCAUCCCAGCUCAACGUCAGGAGCUCAGGAACAGUCUCCAGGGCAGACGAAGGCACCUUUGGCAUUCAGUAUAACCAAGGAACAGUUGUUUGAACAUCAGCUCAAGACUGACCAGAAUGGUGCUUUAAAUCCAGAUUAUCGCAAUCCAUUCAAAAAUAAAAUUGAUGCAUGUAAACGGCUGAUACGUUACCAUGUGUUCAGUGAAUGUGUCCCCAGUCCUCAUGAAGUGGCAGAAACAACCACACAGUUUGAGUUACAGGCAGAAUCCCUACUGAAGAAGUUUAAUAAUAUGAAAUACAAGUAUCAGUCACUCUUGAUAAAGGAUAGCAUGCGUCGUCAUGCAUCGUCGGAAACAGUGAUGCUCUACCGGUUACUUGUGCAAGAAGAUAAGACUAACAUUGAGAGGGAGAAAGCUGAUGUUCAGAGUGGAAAGAUAAUAGAUUUGCCAACGGUCCCACCUUGUCGAGCCUCUGAAGAGUCCUCACCUCUAGAUACACCUUAUCCUUGGGAGCUGGAGUGGGAAAACCAAAAAAUCUACAAAUUUGAACCAUGGAAGAACAAAGAGGAGGAGGGGGAGGAGGAAGAAGGGGAGGAGGAUGAAGAGGAGGAAGGGGUGGAAGAAGAGGAGGAGGAACAGCAGAAGGAGGAGGAGGCCAUAGUGAAAGAAGAAAUGAAGGACAACAUUAAAGACAUUAAGUUGGUGAUAGGAGAUAAAGUGGAUGUAAAACUGAAGGAGGAAGAGGAAGUAGUGGUAAAGGAAGAAGGGAACCAGGAAAUAAAGAGAGAAAGAAGAGAAGAUAAAGGCGAGGAAACCCAAGGGAAGGCAGAGAAGGAAGAGAGCAGCAAAAACCCUACAAAACCUGACGAAGAUGACGAGUUCGACGACGGCCAGGAAGGGGAUCCAUGCCUCCAUAUAUUUGUGGAAGACGAGGAGGAGGAAGAGGAAGAAGAAAAAGUAAAGGAGGAAGAGGAGAAGAAGCACCACAUGUCACCGGCUGCGAAACUCGACUGCGAUGACGCCAAGAGCAACUCGGACGACCGGGAUAGCAGCAAGAAGGAAUCGGAACAGGAGGAGGAGUUAGUUAUUUGUGAUAGUGAAGUUGUGUCGACCAGUAUACAAAAUAGUCCGGUAAAUAAAGAAGAGACAACUGUGCUAAAUUAUUCUAGUGAAUCCCCAUGGACGACAAGUUGUGGAGAGAGCUUAUUAAAUAGGCUUUCUAAUCGGUCCCAAUCACCCGAUAUCCGUAGAACUCCUUGUAGUAUUUCCAAACCAAUUAUAUCAUCCAAUUUUGAAACCAGUGGUAAUAACUCGUACAAACAGAUACACUCUCCUUCUUUGAAACUAGUGACUGAUAGGACAGACAAAGACAAAAGGAAGGAAAGAGUUGAACGAGAAUAUAAGAAAAAAUCAGUUAGGGGUAAAGAUAAAGAUAAAGAAAGAGGAAGAGAUAGAGAAAAGGAAGAUAGACCACCUAAAAAGCUGAAAAUCAAAUUAAAGUCGGAGGAAAGGGCUUUAGUGCCCCCUCUGCGCAUCAGAACUGAGGAUAGAGGUAGUGGGCUUAAGUUAACCCUCAAGAAACAAGAGGGUUCUGGGGCAUAUUAUAGUGUCGGGGAGGAGAGAAAGCGCGAGUACAGGGUGGAACAAAAUGAGGACGAGGAAGAAGACGAAGAGGCAGAUGAUAUUGUUGGUCGACUCUGUGAUGGGGAAGAGGAGGAGGAGGAGGACGGUGAUGGAAAGGAACAUGACCUAAAGGAAGUGAAAGUGGUUCUACAGGACGUAUGCAAAGACGAAAGGUUUAAAAAACAAAUUGAGGAACGAAGUAGUAAAAAGAGAAGAAGAGACAAAGGUGAUGAUAGAAGUGAUAGAAAUGAAAAAGGUGAUAGAUACAAUUCCCAUUGGUCAAAUUAUUCCCAACAGCUUCAUCAGAGUGAAGGAGAUAAAAAUUUUUCCCAGUCUUCAAACCACGAGAAUAGGACUUGGAACUGUAACAGUGGUAUGGAGUGGCGGAGAAGUGGCGGUGAAGGUGCUUCCAGUGUAGAUAACUCUAGCGAACGCAGAACAAGAGAAUAUAGUCCCCGUUUAUACUCUUACAAUGACCAUUAUGGACACGAGUAUUCCAGCCGGCAUAAUCACUCUCAGCCAUACGGGCAUUCUGGUAGUCAAUCGAGAAACUCGCAUAGUUAUUAUUGAUAUUAAACUAAAAAAAAACCACUGUUUGAAAUAGAAAUUUAUAUUCUGAUUUAAGAGACUUCAGCAUAAUAAUUGUUGUGUUAUGUUCUUCGCUGUAUUUCCAUAUAGCACAAAUACUCAUGUUUUUAGUUCACAAAAUUAGGUUUUAUGUGGAUAAGCUUCUAUGACAUGUCAAGUUUUAACAAGGUAUUGAUGGCUGUUACAACAUAUCUAGCUAUUGCAGUAUCGUUUAGUUUUUUUAUCAGUUUCUUCAAUUGCAACAAAUUCCAGUGCGAUUUUUUUAUUUAAUUUAUAUAAGUCAUUGUCCUUUUAGCCCCUUUGUGUUGAAUCUAGUCUUUGCCCAUCUACCCUUCUGGACUGUAAAUAGCCAGGUUAUAAUUGCUCAGUAGAGUGACUAGUUGUGAGCCCUUUGUUGGUGACACAAGUUUCAUGGUUACUAUAUACAACAUUAAUGAAGUGAGCCUUAGUGGAAGGAUAACUGAGGUUCACGGUGACUACGCAAGUCACAGUAACAGAGGUAGGAACUUGGUCGUCUUGGAGGCAUCUUAAUUUGGGAAAUGUGGUUAGUAUUUUCCCAUUGUGAUUGUCGAAUUCGGCAGAAGACUUUUUUAAUACUUAAAAGCCCUGUGGUGUACCUAUGUUUCAGUAGGUGUAAAUGUUUUAUAGGAUCCUAUUAUAGUAAUUUAAAAUGACAUUUAAGAUUGUGGUUAAUGACCUUAAUAAGGACACUGUCAUUCUCAAAACAUGUGAUCUCAAGUGUGAUUUUUUACAACUUAUCUCAUUUUGUACUGUUGCAGUGGUAUGAAGUAAGUCUGGUCUGUGUGUAUAUUUUUGCCAUGUACUUAUUACUCUUGUCCCAUAGGUUGUUGACAUUUUCAGGGAGUUUAUCAGCCUAGAUACUGAUAUACUGUAACAAUAAAAGAAUCCAGGCUGACUUGCUAUCUACAAAACAGUACUUCAUCUGCAGUGUGUAUAUGCAAAAGCCACUAUACUAUUUUAUGCUUUUGCGAUUUGUAUCAUGCAUAAUUCUUGACUAAUUGUCCCUCUGCUCCAGUAUAUAUAUUUGAAAAUGUAGACUACUGUGAACAAUCAAUAUAAAUCUUCACAUGAAGUAAAUUUGGUGCAACUCUGAUGUACUGUAGGAAGUUAUGUUUGUUUUCUUUGGGAUGCAGUGGAGUACUGUACUGCUUUUCUGUCUGUUCAUGAACCUAAAACAGUGUACACAAAAUUACUGUCACAAAUAUUUUGCCAUUUACACAAGAACACAAAAGGGGCACAUCAGUUUCUGGUUUAAAAUUAUUUAAUUUAACUUAUUGGAGGUAGUAGAUCUGUUGACUUAAUCCUUCAUGAAAGAGGAGGAGGAGGAGGAGGAAUUGGGCGUCAGAAGGAAGUGUGUCUUGUAACCUUCUUAUUCUGUUACAUUAAUAGUUCAGCUCCUCUAAAUCGUAGACCACACAUCUUGAGGUCGACACAGUCUUAUAAAUGUUUAGUCUUUUAUCAGUUUUAUCUUAUAUAUUUUACAUCAUCUGCCUCAUUCUUUUUAUUAUUUUAUUGAGAUAGAAAUGAUGCAGUAGCUUUAUUUAUUUUACUCUCAAAUUAAAAGUAGAAUCUUUUUUGCAAAUAUUAGUCUUCUCUAGGGUGCUGGAGAAAUAUGUAUCGUAAAAUUGUACGAAGAGAGUUUAGUGCAGUAUCACUAAACUCUGAAUUCCGAAAGCAAAACUUGUCAUUGCUAUUAACUUACCAUUGAUAUUAGUUUGUUGAUUAUAUUCUAUCUGUUUACCUGUUUCAACCUUACUCCAUUGUGAAGUGACAAGAUGAAGGAGGUAUACAAGCAACAGUAAAAGUAAGUAACAAUUAACUCUUGGUUAGUGAAACAUCAACUCAACAAUUCCGAAUAAUGUUAGUACUUCAUAACUUCUCUUUCCUUACCACAUUGAAUGCUUUUACUUGGCUUCUGUGUUAUAUCAGUUUUCUGGCUUACUCCCAAUAAGAUAAUCCUUAAUUGUGGUCAUACUUGAGCCAUCUAAUGCUUGGUCUACUUUUCCCCUAAUACCUUUAACCCCAGUAAAGACACAGCUCCCUUUCUCCAUGCUCUAUCAUUUAUAUGUUCCUAAAUUCCCUAUUUGUCUGUUCCACAUCAUCUCCAUAUGUUUUCAUCUAUAUGCAUUUCUAAUUUUUAUUCAUCUCACACAUAUUACUUUUAUCUUUUUCUCCUCUGUUGUUUUGUAAGAUUGAUCUACUUAAUGACGAUGCUUUUAUUAAGCUCCCAUGAAUUUUCUGCAUUUCAUUGUUAUUGUAGUUUUUGUUCAUGAACUUCUGGGAUAGAGUUGUACUGUAUUUGGUUAUGGGAGUGAGGCAGAUUACUAGGUUGAUGGGAUGACUUGAUAACUGUUUCUUGGAAGGGAGGGGUAAUCAUUUGUCCUUGCCCUGACUGAACUGAUCUGCUAUGUAAAGUCUCCUGUCACUUUUCUCUGGUCUGUUAAUUGGCAUCUUGAAAUCUCCGUAUCUCUAACUCGAAUCUUGGCAGUAUUAAUUCCUUAUGUCUUAUUUACAUUUGCAAAGCACAUCAUCGGGUGGCAAUAAGUGUGUGUAACAGUACCUGCAGUGCAUGUUCCAAAAUAGUACAGUAUCAUAAUUCCUGCUUCAUGUCUCCCUACACCAUGCAGGUAUGUGUGAAACCAUCUUUUAUAUCAGUUUAAUCCAGCUGGCAGAAAUUUUUGUUAACAAUCAUACCCUCAGCUGUGUUUAUGCUUAGGUAUAUGCAUAUGGAAACCCAUACUUAUUGCACAUUGGGGGCAAAAGGUUUAUAUUAUUAAUCCAUUGAGUCCUUGGUAGUGGAGCUAUAUAACCCUGUGAUAUAUGCAGGUGCUCAUUGUAACAAAAUAUUGAAUAAUAUAUUGCUUUUACUGUGGCUCAGUCAGUAGCAUUUAGGAAUAUGCUAACUUACCAUUACAUAUAUCAUAAAACUAUUUUAUCAGUACAUUAAAUUGUGUAUGGGCAUCAUUUGUGGAUGAAGCUUUCGUCAACGGUGAGAUGUAAAAUGUGCAGUGUUUCGCACCACAACACCGGUCAGAAAUCUUUUUAUUAAACAAAAUAGUGAAAAGAGCAGAACAUCAUCUUGUGUAUAUGUUAAUACAGAUCUGAGGAACCAUGUAAAGAAUCUCCACAUCAAAUUUAAAGUCGGUCAGACAAGUUUAGAAUAUAAUGGUAGGAAACACUAUGCCUGUCUCUCACUCUGCUGAUGGCAGUUGACAAUACAGUACAGUACCUGUAAAUUGAAAUGUUAUUUAUUGACACUGAUGAACUUACACUUUGAGUGAAGAGUUAUUUCAUAUUUAAAGGAAUUAUUCCAGAAAUUGACAUUAAAAUUGCAGUACACUUUAUCAUGUACAUAAUUCACUGGAAUUAACUUAUUUUAUAAUUGUAUUUCAAACACAAUGGAGACCAUUAAACUUUUUUAUGAUGAAGGUAUCAGACUAGGUCAUCAUUUCUCAUUUAUUGUUAUCUGUGAACCAAUGACUUUAUUAAAUACUCGUAUAUUAUUUGACAAUGAAUUACAUAUCCUUAAUUCAUAUCAGUAUAGUUUUUAUAUAUCAGGACUUUUUUCUGACAAGUUGAAGUAGAGUACUGUAACCUGUAAUUGCCUCUAAAAGGUGGGUUUUACACUUACAUGCACAGGACCUGUUGGUUUGUUUAGGAUGACAGCUUUAUCAUUUAGACAUCAUCAUAGUGAGAGACAAGCUGAUGUGCUAGAGUAUGGGUUCAUAUUCUAAGACAUGGUUACAGAGAUGGUCUCAACUACUGUACAGUAUUUUAAAAGCUGGAUAUUUAAAAAAAAAUUAUGUUCAUCUCUUAAAAUCUGAAAAUUGAUUUCUUUCAAGUGCAGGUUAUUGUCUUUUAAUUAUUUAUUAUUGCUCUCUGUUCUUAUUAAACAGAAUAGUUACUGUAUAAAGACUGACCUAAGUUGUCAUCUGGCAAAGCAUAUUUAUAAUGUUAGCUAAUUUUUGCAAGUUGAUUGGGUUAGUUGUGUUACACCUUUAUAAUUCAAUAGUCAACCAUGGAUACUGUUGUAUAUUGACAAGUAAAUUUUAUAUAAAGUGAAGCAAGUAUUAUUCUGGAAGAUGCAUGUACACUUCAUUUUGGUCGAGUAAAAUAUUUCCAGCUCAGGUGCUGUUUCUAUGAAGACUUGUCUUCAUAAACUACGGUCAUGGCAUAUCAACACCACACCUGUCACAUGCAAAUUCCUUGACUUUGUUUCUUCACCAAAUUUUGUGCUUUCACAUUCCUUCUCCAGCAGUUAAAAAAAAUAAGUUGAGUCUGAAUAAUUCUCUCUUGCAUCCCCAAACUGUGGCAACUCAGUGUUUAUUAACAAUUGCAAACUUGAUCAAUAUAUCUGCAUAAAAGUUACAUUUGUUAUGUUUGAGGCUUAGUGGAAAUAAGGGAUGGGCAAAAGUGUCAAUCAAAUUCACAAGUUUUGAAAUUGUAAAGCUGAAAUUUCUUUGAAGACAAUUAAUAUGUACACUUGAUGAUGAUGAUCUUACAUAGACUGAAUAACAAACCUGAGGGUUUAAAUGCAUAUUUCAUCACAAAAAAUUCUGCUUACCUGAUUUACAUUCAAAAUAGUUGAUACUCUGCAUGUUGAUGUGCAUUUGUUAAGACUGAACAAACUCCUGGUUGUGGCAUUACAAAUUGGUUUCUUGGUUUACAGCUUUGGUAUGUUUAUGCUGGUUCAUAAGUGUUACACCAUUUUUUUCUCUCUUUUUAUCCCAGUGAAAUAAGUACAGUAGUGUGGUGGGUUGUCAAGGAAUACGUGAAAUAUUAACGCCAUUGACAUUUCAAUAUUUUCCAUUAUGAUUUUUAAACAACAAAGGCUUUUUAUAUAAAGGUGUUAUUAUCUAACAUUUAAGUCAUAAAAAUGGAUAUUUAUAUUGCUCCCUUAUUAUAGUUAUAGUGCUCCCUUAUUGCCAGGUAAACAGUACUGUACUCCACUGCAUAAAGAGCUUUAUGGAAAACUUUCAGUAGCCUGCAAAUAUGGUUACAAAUAAUUUCAUUGAGGAAGAAGUGGUUUGUAUGCCUUUGGAGUUCUUUCUUCAAACUUCCUAGCUUUUUAUUCAUCACCAACAAAUAGAUUUCUUGGCAGCUACAUAUUAUUAAGCCUCUACCAGUUCUUCCAUGUGUGAGGAAGGUUGAGAACACAGUACAGGCAACAAUAUUUUCUUGUUGGUUUAAUGUGGUCAGUUCCAGAAUUUUUGGAGGUCUUUGCUACUUCCUUUGAGAGUACAACUAGUUUAUGUCAAGACUCCAACCCUGGCAUAUAGCUGCUUUGACCUAGGUAGCUUUGAUACUGCAAAUACAACAGAGAAUUGUAAGGUUUCAUUUUAAAAUGCAGUACAUACAAGUUUUCCUUUAUUAUGUAUUAGUAGUGUCCCUUCCAGACAAGCAAUCUUAAACACCUUGAACCAGUAAUGCCAAGAAAAAUAUUCCACAUUGAUUGUUGUCUUCAAAUAUUCAACUAUUGGUGAAUUACAGUAUAUUUGAUUUUCAGUCUCUGCUUGUAGCCUUUAUUUUGUCAGUUUUCCCCAGAUUUCAGGCCUAUAUGAGAAUCAGAAAUACACUUACAUUAAUGAAAGCAAAUGUGUCGUUGCAAUCAGCAUGGAAGUCAUUGAAUACAUAGUGUACUGUAUCAUGCAAUCUGUUUAGUUUUGUAAUUUAAUUUCCUUCAACUUGAUUGCUUAUUGAAUUUAAAACAAACAGUAUUAGCACUUGAUCACUAUUUAUGAAUAUGCUUAUUUGUUUUUAGUUUGCCUUUUUUCAAUAUUAUGCAAGGCUAAUACAAGUGUAAUGCAUAUAGCUGAGUGACUUGUAUGUCCCAGUGAUACUGUACUGUAGAUUGUUCAUGCACGGAUGCUAAGCAAUAUGUAAAUUUUUAUAUUACUUUAGAAUUUGCUGAACAAAUAUAAGACUGCUUCUGGAAAAUUUUUAAAGGCCUUGCGAGUGAAUAUAUAUAUAUACAAUAUAUAAUUUUUUUUUUUUUUUUUUUUUUUUUUAAGCUCAGACCUUCCAAACACUGAAGUAGACAGGCAUGGUAUACACUGUGCUGGUAUGUUCUCUGUGCUUCAUUGUCAGGUCAUAGUUCUAAGGGCAUAACUUUGGUGCUUUUUUGGAUAUCAGUAAAUACUAAAGAUGAUUAGCCCGAUUGUAAAGUCUUCAGAAAUUGUACCUGGUGAGAAAGGGUUUGAUGUGUUUUUGAAGGGUAAAGAAGCUUAUUUUUGACAUAUAGCAGCUAGUCUUGGUUUUAUUGCUUGUAGGUAUUUUAUAUUUCUUAAAUAGACUAAAUUGAUUAAAUUUUAAUCAAAAAAAUAAUAGCCCUCCAAGCAUAAUGGGACCUAUUGACCCAUGGGCUGUAAGGCCUGGACUGUAAUUUGUUUUGUCAACCUUCACAAAGAGAUGAAGCAACAAUCCAACCGUGCCAUACUGAGACCAUCACACCCCUCUGAUGCAUCUUUGUUGCUCUUAGGCCAGUUUUCCCAGUUGGUAAAAAAAUGGGUUUGUUUUUGAGUUCUAGCAUGCUAGGAGAGUAGCCCAUAUUGCAAGUUGUAAGGAUAUUGAACUUAAAGUUCCAAGAGGUGGUUUCACCGGUAUUUAUAGGGACAGUAUUCAGUGCCUUUUUUGACUAAAAAUAUAAAAUUAUCUUCUCUGUCAUGGUAAAGAUUUACUCUAUAAUUAAUUUUAGUAAUCUUAAUAAAUUAUGGGUUACUUUUCUAAGCUCCCAUUGGCUGUGGGUACUAGACCUUUGCAUGAGAUGCAUAUGUAAAUGGAAUGUAUUCAUAAGUCUGAGGGGGAUUUCUUCAUUUUAGGCAAACAUGACAAAUAAAGAAAGAUAUUUUGAGUAAGUUAUUUUUUAUACCUCAUGAAGUUGUUGAAGUUCAAAUGCCUUUUUUUAUAAUUUGUUUAAUUUUUAUUUAUAUUUGUUUAUCUUUUGUUGGAAGGGACCUAUGUUUGUCUCUCAGGGUCCAUGAAGUAUGGUAAACUCACAGUUAUGUGAUGACUAAAUGUAUCUUUUAAUAAUAAAAAUAUGAAUUAAA